GUUUUUUAGACAACAAUUUUUAUAUAUUUAUAAAAAUGGAUAACAAUAAAUCCAUAAAUGGCAUGCUCUUUAGGCCAAGAGUUUACAAAAACAAAAUGCAUAAACCUUUAGAACGAUAAAUUAAUAUUUUAAAAAAUAAGAAAAAAUUUAAAAAAAAAAAAAAGGAAAACAUUUUUUAAGCAAAUAUUCACUACGAAUUGGAACCUAAAAAUGCCUUGCUGCUGCAGUCGAACCCCGCCAACGGCCUCGGAAUACUCGUGUUGCCGCUGUUAUCCCACAGUCUAUCAGGGACCCACGCGAUGGCAGAAACCAGGGCCUAUGGGCCGGAAUGAGUGGGCAAAUUUCCACAGUCGGUAUCAGACAAAUGUGACAUCCGCCGCUGGCACGAAGGUAUCCGACGAAAGGCUGAGUACCCUCGUGUCAGGAUUCAGUUUGAGCUCGGAGGAUCACGAUUCUCAUAUGGCGAACCUGCGGCGAUUGAGCACGCCGCGCUGGCAACGCUCCAAGUACAUUGCACCACCAAAGGAGGUAUUCACCUUUCGGCCCCGGAUGACCGAACGACCAUGUCCUUGUCCGGAACGGGGCCGACCCGCGAAGAAACCAAAGGUUCCGUGCUGCUUCCAGCACGAGGAUCUCGAGGCAGAGUUCUGGGCCAACAUCCGUUUCCCUGUUUCUCAGAGGGCACUUAGAGCCUUUCCCACCAUGAAGACUUGCAGGCUGGCCCAGCCCCGCAAGAAAAUCUCGCCAUACAUUUUGUUCGAGGAGGAAGUGCCCUGCCGCAGGAAAAUGUCUCCUCGGCAGUGGCGAUGUCAUUUGCAGCGACUUGAGUAUUUGAGCAAGCCAAAUUUCCGGGUUUUAGCCGAGUUGCGGCGGUGUUGACUUGUGGUCAGAUCGUAAGGAUUUGUCUUAAACUACAGUUAUAUUAACUCAAGCUUGGAGCUAUGCAUUGAGUUAGUAGAACUGUAGUUUAGUGUGAAUCUACGAAAGUACGCUCGUACCUGCACAAUAGACCACAUAAAAGAAUAAAAACGUGUUUAGAAAAUAAGCCUAAAGAUUUGAGUUUGCCUAUAACAAAAUCUUGUUGAAUCAAAAGUCUUUUUAAAGACAUUUAUAAUG